CAAACGUCAUCAUUUCGCGCAGCUACCUUCUGUCUGUAAGUGGUUUAAUUCGGCGGCUAGCACGAUGUGCUAAAAUGUUAUCAACAGAUCCGUGCCAGUAUUCGACAAGUGACCAGUUUCCCGUAAAGACUGCAGAUGUUUCCUCUGAGAAUCAGCAUGAAGUUACAGAAAUGCAGAAACCUGCUCCACUGAGUGGUAAACAACGACGGGCCUGUCUGAAAAGGGAAAGAAGGAAAAGAAAACGUCAAGCUCUUGCUAAACUCAGAGAAUGUGCUAGUGCUGGUGCUGGUGCUGAUCAGUUUGAAAUUGAGCAAGACCAAGAUGAUGAUGAAAAUGAGGAUGAAGAGCAGAGAGAGCAAGCGCGUUUACAUCAGGAAUGGCUGGAGAGAGAGAGAAUAGCUCAAGAGGAAUUUAGGCUGAAGAAAGAGAAAGAAGAGACCGCUCGAAAGAAAAAGGAGGACGAAGAGAGGAGGAUCAAGGAGGAAUGGGAGGAACAGCAGAGAAAGGAAAGAGAGCUGCAGGAGCAGAAACAGCAGGAGAAGAGAGACAGAGAGGAAGCUGUACAGAAACUGUUGGAUCAAGCAGAAAGCCAGUUGGAAAAUGGAGGUUCUUGGAAAAACCCUGAUGCUCCAUUGGAUUUUGGGACAGAAAAGGACAAGGCAAACUGCCCCUUUUUCAUCAAGACUGGAGCUUGCAGAUUUGGAGACAGGUGCUCUCGAAAACACGAUCACCCAUCAUCAAGCAGCACUUUGAUGGUCCGGGGUAUGUUCGUGACAUUCGCCAUGGAGCAGAGCAGACGUGAUGACUAUGAUACGGACGCAAGUCUCGAGUACAGCGAGGAGGAGAUGCGGCAGCAGUUUCUGGACUUCUACGAUGACGUUCUUCCAGAAUUCAGGAAUGCAGGCAAAGUUGUGCAGUUCAAGGUGAGCUGCAACUUUGAACCCCACUUAAGAGGCAAUGUUUAUGUACAGUAUGACACUGAGGAUCAGUGCAAAGAGGCUUUUAUGAUGUUUAAUGGACGGUGGUAUGCAGGGAGGCAACUGCAGUGUGAGUUCUCUCCUGUGACCAAGUGGAAAACGGCAAUAUGUGGACUUUUUGACAGGCGUAAGUGUCCGAAGGGGAAGCAUUGUAACUUCCUCCAUGUGUUUCAAAACCCGGGUAAUGAAUUCUGGGAGGCAGACCGUGACCUCCAUUUGUCCUCUGACCGUGGUGGAAGCCUCAGCGGACGGCACAGGGCACUGUCACAGCGUGGCUAUAGCCCUGAACAAUCUCGCAACAGACAGAGUGACAGGAGGAGCCGCAGUCGUGAGAAGCAGAGCCACAGACGGAGGCGGAGUCGCAGCAGAGAGAGGCGGAGUUGCAGCAGAAGCAGAGAGAGUCGGAGGGCUCAUCAUUUUCUGAGAAGGGAAAAAGGUUCCUUAAAUGAUCGGGGCAGGAGAAGCAGAAGCCCUGAGAGACGCAGAUCACGUAGCAGAGGCAGAGAAACAAAUUCUCAGAGUGGAAGUCGUCAUUUGCAUGCAGAAUCGAGAGCAAGAUCUUGUAGGAGAUUAGAAUCAAACACCUCUGAAGAGCAAUUCAAAAAUGGCUCCAUCAAGAGGAAGAGUAAGAAGAGUGAGAGCAAAAGUCCAAAAACUGGCGACGCUUCCUCGCCGGAUGCAAAUACCUCCUUACAUCACCACAAACGCUCGAAAAAGAGCAAGAAAAAGAAAAAGAGCAAAAAGAAGCAAAAGAGAAAGAGGAGCAAAUCCCGCACCGUCAGCUCUUCAGCAGCUUCUGCUGUAGAGUCAGAGGACAAUGAAGAUCAAGAGACACCAAAAAAUGAAGAUAAACAAAACACAGAAAAGGCUGGAGAGGAUGCCGAGAUUGAUGAGAACCUCGUCUCACUCCAAGAUAACAAGGAAAUUGAAUCAAGCACACCUGCCAGCUUUGCUACUGAAAGUGGGCCUGAUUAAUGAGCGUAUAGGAAAAGACAUUGCUGUAUUUCCAGUUUUUGGCUGUUUCGGUUUCAACAAAACUCUCUGUUUUGAUAUGUAAAUAAAUGUGGUUAACAUUU